CCUCUGACUCGUUCAUUCACAUACUAUUAUUAUUAAUGAAAAUCUCGUCUAAGGUAAAAGAUCAAUUUUAGAACGAGAUUUAACGCACGAGAUUUCAAGACACACCCGUCAAAUUUCGUAACUUUGAAUCUGACUGAAAGACUGUUUUAUGCAUCCUAAGCAGGUAUCAAGUUAAAUAUAUAAAUAUCGUCAGGAAUAUGCAUAAAAUUGAUUCAGCAUUUUGAAAUCAAUGACGGAUAAUAAAUUUUGAAAAUAGAAAAUUUGUCGUCUGCUAGAUAAUUGUUAGUUUCACUUUAGGAGGGAUUUUGACGUGAAAAAGCAUGCAGGAGUAAUCUUUCGCUUUAUAUGGUAGCACAGGUGAAACAAAAUGAUCAAAUAAAAUCGUGAGAGCUCACUCGGUCAGUCUGGGGGAUUAAAAUUAUCGGAUUCAUUCUAAAUACGGUUCAGUGAUGAAAACGAUAUUUUUGUGACAUGUGAAUUAGUCAUUUCCACGUGGAUUUUUUUUAUUUCGGAUACUUUUUUUACCAUGUUGAGUAAGAUUAAUUACUAAACGGGUUGUGAUUUUAAACAGUUGAAAUUUCUCGUGUUUAAGAAGGAUAAACCGUAAAUUAAUGUGAUGUGCAUGUACUUGUAUGUAAUUAUUUAGGCGUGUUUAUAAUUAUAUGGAUUAUGAUAUAACAGUAAAGGUGUGUUUUGUGUUUUCUGUGUUAGGAAAAAAAAGGAUAUCUAUUUAAAUUAUUCAAGAAAUUUGAAAACAAGAAAAUGGGGAAAAUGUGGAAUUGUGUUAGUCGGAUAUAUUUGGAUUUAUUUAUUUUGUGCUUAGUGUCCCUGUCUAUUUUAACUGUCUCAGUGCAAGCAAAUCCAGGAGUUUGUCCCGUACCAGUGGGGGCCGGUACCUGUGUCGAACAAUGCUCAAACGAUACCACGUGUCAGGAACACGAGAAAUGUUGUUACAACGGGUGUGGCCACGUGUGCAUGGCAGCAUUACAUGAUUCCUUCUUUGGAUCAACGUAUAUAUAUAAAGACUGGCAAGAUGAAUACUCAGACCUCACGAGUGCAGAGAGUAGGUCCCUCGCAACGAAUCUCACGAAAUGGUUGGAGUGUGCGUUUAACGACACUGAUUUUACGGCAACAGUUACUAUAACCGGUUUUCGGCAAGGAUCAGUAAUAGCAGACUUUGAUAUAGAUACUAGCAAAUAUUUAACGGUCUCAGACCUAGAAACAUUUUUAAGUGAAUUACAAAACAUGACCAGUAAAGACGGGUAUAUGAAUAUAACAGUGUUUGAUUUAACCGGUGACACCCCAACACCGACAACCCAAACACCCACGAGCGUUACAUCAUCAUCAGCUACACCUUCGUCAUCAAUGGUAUCAAUGACGUCAUCAGCGAUGUCACCUGAAACGUCUUCUAUUACAGCGUCUUCAUCGACUUCGGCGUCGUUUACAGCUUCAGAUUCAGUGACUUCUAAUUAUACAUCAAAAUCUGUUAUGACGUCAACCAGUGUACAGGUUACGUCAUCAAGUGUUAUGGCGUCAUUUUCCGAUUAUGUAACGUCAGAUGUUAUAAGUGAACCAUCCACGGCUUCUAUAACUUCACCAACGUCUUCGAUAUUAUCCAGUAGAUCUACACAUAGUGUAGUGAUAGUGUCAUCUUUAAUAGAGAAUCCAUCUAGCUCAAACUUUUCUUUAGCACCCUCGUCGACAUCUAUAGAAACCCACUUCACUACUUCAUCCUCGGACAUUUUAAGCUUUGCACAAUUUUCAACCUCGAUGUCAUCAUUACCAAGCGUGAGCUCAUUAGAUGUGACGUCAUCUGCUUCAGUAUCAAGGGCCGAGUUAUCUUCGUCUAUAAAACCAGUCCAGUUAUCCAGUUCAGCUUUACCGAUGAAUGGAAGCUCAUAUUUAUCUUCCUCAGUAGCAUCGAGUCAUGUAACAACAGCUGGAAUGACGUCAUCAGUAGCUUUUUCGUCGUCUCAAGUAGUAGGACAAUCUUCAUUACAUGCAAUUGUCUCUUCACCAUCGUCAUCGAUAGUGCAAGCUUCAUUCUUAGAGACAUCUGAGACAAGUGUCUAUUCGUCAAGUACCGACCCAAUAUCUUCAACUUCAGUUGUUUCAUAUGUACCUUCCACUAUCAAUACAGCGAUGCCUAGGUCAUCAUCUUCUUUGGAAAUCUUUUCUUCUUCAUCACAAUUAGUAUCCUCAGUAGAUGUUAGUUCAACAGCACAGUCUUUAUCUUCAACAGCCGGACUAUCUUCAGUCACUACAACACCUUCUUCAGCGCCAGCAUUGUUGUCUUCAUCCAGCUUAAGCUCAAAGAUACUCCCUACCUCGUCAUCUUUGUUCAUAUCAUCACUAACUAACGGCAGUGAGUCUUCCAUUGUUGUAGAUAAAACGUCUUCGUACAAUAAAAUAACGUCUAGCCACGAAUCUGUGCCUUCAACGAUAUCUUCAAGGUUUCAUUCGUCCUCAGAAAUGUCGUCAGUUAUAUCUACGGCCCUAGACUCAGCUUCAACAUUAGAAUUACCAAGAUCUUCUACUUCGUUGUCAUCAUCGGAUAUGUAUAAUACAGGUACACGUUCCUUAAUGACGUCAACAUUUACUGACGCAUCUUCCCCAUCUUCUACAUAUGUGACGUCAUCCUUUAUGGAGACACCGGCCAACCGUACUUCUUCUCUGACGUUGUCUUUGACUGAUGUAACAUCUUCCUUGUUGCCUUCAUCGUCAUCAUUUGAUUUCAGCGGUUUUCAAUCAGUGUCGACUCAUUCAUUAGCAUCAACCUCUUCAGUAGAUAAAGAAUUAGAAGUAUCUCCUACGUGGGCGACAGCAGUGACAUCAACGCCUGUUGGAACUUCAACACCUGUUUUAACGUCUGACGACAUGAAUACAUCUGUACAAUCAUCAACGCAUAUGAUGUCAUCUCAAUCGUCAAUGACAUCAUCAAUGAUACCGACUUUGUCUUCAGAAAUGACAUCCUCAGUGGUUCCAUCCUCGUCUGUAAAAGAUUCUAUGUCUUCAGUUCCAUCGUCAUCGGCGGGAAUGACCUCGGAAUUGGUAACAUCAUCUUCAGUAGAAUCAUCGUCUUCAAUGGAAAUGGGCUCAUCAGUGCUUCAAUCUUCAUAUGAAAAAACAAAAUCAUCAACGGUUCCUUCCUCGUCUGUACAAAUGACGUCAUCAGUGCAAUCUUCUGUGCCUGUAGAAAUAACAUCAUCUACGAUAAUAUCAACGUCUGUACAAAUGACAUCGGAAAUGGCACAAUCUUCUUCUGUGGAAAUGACGUCAUCAUUGGAACCUUCUUCGUCUGUUGAAAUGACGUCAUCAGUAGUACCUUCGUCAUCUGCCUCCUCUGUUGAAAUGACAACAUCAAAAGAAACUUCUUCGUCUGUAGAAAUGACGUCAUCAAAAGUACAUAUUUCAUCUAUAGAAAUAACGUCAACAAUAAAACCUUCUUCGUCUGUAGAAAUUAAGUCAUCAAUAGAACCUUCUUCGUCUGUAGACAUGACGUCAUCAAUGGUACAAUCUUCCUCGGUAGAGAUGACAUCACAAAUGAUCACAUCUUCAUAUGAACAACAAAUGUCGUCAAUGCAACAAUCGUCGUCAGUGGUAGAAAUUACAUCUUCUCUGGUACCCACAUCGUCCGAACAGAUGACUUCGUCAAGAGAAGCAUCUUCACCUAUAGAAAUGACGACGUCAAUGGUACAAUCGUCAUCAGUAAAAAUGACAUCAUCUCUUGAACCAUCAUCUUCGAUUGAUAUGAUAUCAUCUGAAAUACAAUCCACCUCAAUGACAUCGUCAAUGGUAUCUUCUUCGUCCGUAGUUAUGACCUCGUCUGUUAUACCGUCAUCAUCGGUUGAAACUACGUCAUCCGUGUUACAGUCUUCAUCUGUAGAAAUAACGACGUCCAUUGUACCGUCUUCUUCGUCAUCUGUACAACUGUCCUCAUCUGAAGAAAUAACACCAUCUUCAUCUAUGGAAAUAACAUCUUCGAUGGUGCCGUCUUCAUCGGCAGAAAUGACAUCGUCAAUUGAACCGUCAUCUUCAAUACAAAUAAGUUAUACAACAGUAACAUCGUCGUCAGUAGAUAUUACGUCAUCUGUGCGACCGUCUUCCUCAAUAGAAAUGACGUCAUCUAUGCGACCAUCUUCCUCAAUAGAAAUGACGUCGUCAGUUUUACCGACAUCUUCAGAAAGUAUGACGUCAUCAAUUCAGUAUCCAUCCGUUACCUCUUUAAUGACGUCACCAUCUCCAUCGUCAACAGUUACGACCACGUCAUCAGUUACAACCACAACAACUGCCCCAGUUAGAACUGUUCAAGUCAGUGGAAGAAUGAGACUUGUGUCCGGUGUUUGGAAUGAAGACCUAAGAGACAAGACUUCACCCAGUUAUCUCAUGAUGAGGGAAGAGUUCAGUAAUACGAUGCAAAUUGUCUUUGCAAGAAGCGACUUUCAAUCUACCUUCAUUGGCUUGGACAAUGUUGAAUUCACGCCUGGCAGUGUAGUUGCCAGUUAUACAGCCGGGUUUAUAGAGGAUCCCAAGUCACCGGUCGAGUCUAAUGAUGUUACUAGAGUUAUCAGGUCGGCAGCUGAGAGCAAUUCUUUCGGAAACUUUACUGUUGAUAAAGACAGUAUAACAAAUGAAGUGCUCCCGGAUACAACAGUUAGUCCAACUGUUUCGUCGUCCACUAUGACGAUGACUUCAUCCUCUAUGACAUCAUCCACCAUAGUAGAUUCAACAUCAUCAACAGCAACUAGCGUUGAAAAGACAACAUCUGUUUUAGACACCACUUCAGUUUUACCAAGUUCCUCAGUUGAACAGUCAUUGACUCCAUCAAGUUCUGUUAUUCCAACUUCGUCAGUUACACCAUCAAGUUCUGCUAUAAUAACUUCGUCCGUUGAACAAUCAGUCGAUCAAACAAGUUCUGUAAUACCAACUUCCUCUGUUAAACAAUCAGUUACUCCGUCAAGUUCUGUUAUACCAACUUCGUCAGUUGAACAAUCAGUAACUCCGUCAAGUUCUGUUAUACCAACAUCGUCCGUUGAACAAUCAGUCGCUCCAACAAGUUCUAUAAUACCAACUUCAUCCGUUGAACAAUCAGUAACUCCGUCAAGUUCUGUUAUACCAACUUCUUCCAUUGAACAAUCAGUCGAUCCCACAAGUUCUGUAAUAAUUACUUCAUCUUUUGAACAAUCAGUCGCUCCGUCAAGUUCUGCCAUACCAACUUCAUCUGUGGAACAAUCAGUCGCUCCCACAAGUCCUGUAAUACCAAGUUCGUCAGUUGCACAAUCAGUAACUCCGUCAAGUUCUGCAAUACCAACAUCGUCGGUUGACAUGUCAGUCAGUCCUUCCAGUUCUGUUUCACCAACUUCGUCCGUUGAACAAUCAGAAACCACAUCAAGUUCUGUAGUACUAACUUCUUCUAUGGAACAAUCAAUAUCUCCGUCAAGUACUUUGUUUUCAACAACCACAUAUGUCUCGGACACACUAUCAAUGAUGUCGUCUAUGGUGCCCUCAACUUCAUCACAAGAAUCUUCUAUAUUUUUAACGACCUCAUUACUUCCGUCUACAAGUGCAGAAUAUUCAACAUCAACAAUGACCUCGUAUGUUGAAGAAACAUCAACUGUUCCAACAAGCUCAUCUGUGACUACUUCAUCCAUAGAAUCAUCUGUCAUUUCUCCAUCAUCUUCAGAAGUAGAACCAACAUCAUCGGUUAUAUAUUCUUCCCCAGUUUUGACAUCUUUAUCUACAGUUGAAGCAACAUCUUCCUUGUUAGAAACUUCUGUUCUGUUAUCCACAACACUAGUAGAAUCUUCGUCGUCAGUUGCACCAACUUCAGUAACUGAUACAUCAUUCACUUCAAUUGCACCAUCUUCAUCUAUGUUUAGUUCUGAAGUCAUAGAAUCGUCUUCAGUGUUUAUGACGUCUUCUGUCUCACAACCAACAUCGUCCGAAUCAACAAUAUUGAUGGAAAGUAGUUCGUCUGUUUUAACAACCUCCUACGUUGAGUCAUCUUCAGUAAUGGCGUCAUCAUCAGUUAUGACGUCACCUUUAACAACAACUCCGUAUGUGACGUCAGUCAUUCAAUCGUCUUUUACAGCAACAGAAACAAGUAUGAUUGUUACCCCGACACCAACAUCCACUGCUAUGCCGACAAGCUCAGUUAUACCAGUUCAAAGAGUAAAAGUGGAUGGAAGACUAAGACUCACAGGCGGGGCGAUAUGGAGCGAUGAUUUGAAGAACAAAACUUCGGAUGAGUACCUGAUGUUGGUAGAUGGUUUGGAUAAAGCGAUGGGAGAAGUUUUCAUGGAAAGUGGCUUAGACGUUGACUUCAUUGGUUUCGAAAACAUUGCUUUCACAGAGGGAAGUGUAGUUGCAACAUACACUGCUGAAAUUGACGUUUUCGCCGGUGAGGUUCUGACGUCAGAAGAUGUCAGUGACGUCUUUAGAGAUGCAGCUAUCAGCGGGACGUUUGGCAGCUUCACAGUUGACCCAGAUAGCAUCGAUAAUACUGGUAGAUAAAAUAUUUUGUGUAGC